UUGUUUUCUUCUCGCAUCUACUCAUUUCUAGGAGCUCGCUCAGUCAGCCCGGCAGGCUCUCACAGCAGAACGAUACAAUGGUGGCGUGGACGGCAGCGGCGCGUCAAGCAGCGAACCUAUCUAGAUUCUCCGCUUCCAAAUCAGUUAGCACAACGAAGCAAGGCGCCAUACUUAUCCAGCGGCGCGGCUUUGCCGGAGGUGGUGACCACCAUGGACCUCCAAAGGUGAACUUUUGGCAGGAUCCGAUGAGUCCAUCAAAAUGGAAAGAAGAGCAUUUUGUGAUCGUCUCUCUUACUGGUUGGGGGUUGGCCUUCUAUGGAGGUUAUAAGCUCUUCACAAAGGGAAAGAAAGAGAAGAAGGAAGAGAAAGUUGGCGAAGGAUCCCACUAAUAUCAGAUGUGCCUUAUCGCCUUGAAUAAAGCUGUCAGGGUUGUGUGGUCUUCAAUUUUUGCCAUGAAGAAUGUUAAAUGGGUUUCCCCCCAUUUCCUCCACUUCUCCUAUUGGGACUGAAUUGCACAUGAAAUGUUGGACAAUCAACUAUGUAUUUGCUUUUUUUUUUUGCUUUGUGUAGAAUGUUGGUUCAUUUGGGAACAUUCUGCCUGCUAAGGAUAUAAUGUUUCUUCUUUUGAAACAACUUUAGCUAUCCAUUUGCACAAGAUCAUGAGUAUGUUGAAGAG